AAACGCGCCUCGCUCCCGAGCCGCUCUCACCGUUUUCUUCCCGUUAACGGACACACUUGUCAAUAAGCUCCUACACCUUCCCACCGCUGCGUCCACCGGGAGGGAGACUGUGACCCGCCACACUGUUGACUGAAGUUUUUAUUAGGACACGUUCUCCAUCAUAAAAAGUGAGAUUUACUUUAUACAACCAAAGCCGCAAAAAAAAAAAAAAAAGAAGAUGCUGGAUCGUUGGAGCCAAACUGUCGUGUCGUUGCUCUAUGGAUGCCUGGCUUGUCUUGUGAUCAGCUCAGUGAAUGUAAACGCAGACGGUCGGGUGUUUGUGUUGGACCUGAGGAACUCCUCUGGCCCUCUGGGCUUCAGAGACGCAGAGCGGGCCUGUGCCUCACAACAUGCCCGCUUGGCAUCAGCAGAGGAUCUCCGUCAUGCUGUGGUGGAGUGCUUCUUUUCUCCAUGCACCCGUGGGUGGCUCUAUGGCGGCACAGUGGGGACCACAGUGUGUAAUGUCGCGGGCAGUGCACUGAACGCAGUGGAGGUGAGAACAGAAAAUGCUACAGAGGACACGGCUCACCUGGACGCCUUCUGCAUCAAAGAUAAAGACGUGCCGUGUGGGGACCCUCCAUCUUUCCCCAACGCUCGUCUGCAGGGUCACUCUGGCUUUGAGAUGGGCGACGAGCUGCUCUACACGUGUGUGCCGGGUUACGUGAUGCCCAGCGGACACACUGCCUUCAGCCUGCUGUGCGACAGCUGUGGAGAGUGGUAUGGACUGGUGCAGAUUUGUGUCAAAGAUGAGACUGAAAGUCACAUAGACUAUGAGGACAAGUUCACAGAUUCCUACGAGGAGGAAGAGCACCACAGCGAGAAGCCAGAGGAGGCUCAUGGCGAAGUGUAUGAGGAGGUGCAUGGAGCUGCAUACCCGGAGGGGAGGAGGGGUCAGGAGCAGCAAGAGAUGAGCUUUGGUCUCGUGGAGCAUCAAGACGAGCGUGGAGACGAUGAAGCAGGAGGAGAAUUGAUUGGUAGUAAGUUUGACGGUGAAAAAGACGAGGACCGGGCUGUUGAAGACUUUAUAGGUCAUCCGAGGUGGGAGCAGGAGAGGAGGGAGGUGGUGAGGAUAGAUGCAGCUGCAGCCACAGAAGCACCGGUCUCUCUUCUCUCCCAGAAACACAUGUUCUGGUUUCCCUCUGAGGCCUUUCAGGAUGAGGGACAGUCCGUCUCCUCCAAUCCAGUCACACAAACUACACAGAGAGCUUCAGGCACCCAAUCAGAGGAGAGCAAAGAACACGAGAGCCAGGAAACCCAGCAUCCCGUUGAUGUAGAUGACCAUGAUCACGAGGGGGACAGCUAUGACGAUCAUGACACAGAUGACCCACAGGAUCACGAUGACAGCCGCCACUAUGAUCAACCUGACCGUGACAGUCACCAGGACGAAGAUGGCCACGACGACCAUCUGAAACAUUACAUUCCAGCUCAGCACGAUAAUCUGGACAGACGGGACCGCCAUGAAAAACAAGACGAUCACGAUGACCCCAAUGACCAUUAUGACAUGGGCGAACAUGAAGAUGAUCGUGUUCGCUACAGCAGCCCAGAGUACGAUGAUCAGGACGACACUUACGAUGAACACGAAAGCUACGAGGAUCACAAGGACGUGACUGACGAUCAUGGAGCAGUUGUUCAAGAGCAUCCUGAAGACUCAACGGAACAUCCAGACCACCACGACCAUGAUGAUGCCGAGGAGCAUUACGACCUGGAGGAGGACGAUAGCGACAGAUUCACUGAUCAUGAUGCGCAUGACAACGAUGACCAUGACAGCUACGAUGAUCACGACAGCCACGAAGAUGUUGAUGAUGGUCAUCAGCGUGUCAUCUUUUCUAUAGCAACAGAUGUACAUAAGAAUGGCACUGCGAAUGGAGCAGAAGAGAAGGCAACAACGGAUGAAACCUGGCUAGACGGCUACCCCAUCGUCAUAGAGGAAACUGAAAAAAGUGAUUCGACAACAGAGCGAGUGAGACCAGAGGACGGAGAGAGGGGGACACAUGCCACAACAACAGACAGACCCAAUGAGGUGGAAAUUCGUAGACCUGUCCCUUACACCAGUUUACCAGAGGAACAUGAGUCUCCCACUGUGGACCCUGAACAAGGUGGAGUAAAGGACGUCUGGCCUGGCUUCAUCCCCACCGCUGCUCCUUCCCCUGACCAUAUAGAGCCCUCAGACUUCCCCUCAUACUCUGACACUCUCGACUACGACACGCAACAAGCAGCUCCCACCCGCUCCUGGCAGGGAGACCUCACCAAGCACCCCUUCCUCGAUUACAGCCUGGCUCCCCCAAUGCAUAAUGGCGACGUCCUGAUGGAGGACAACAUGCACAACCUGCCCGGUGAGACUGGCGAGCGUGGGGAGGUGGAAGGGGAGAUGGGGGAGGCAAUCUGCGUGGGUGAUGACUGCCCUCCUCCUCAGAGCUCCUCCAGCAAAGGUGCCACGAUAACCGUCAUCAUCGUGGCGUUGUGUGCAUUGGCUGCGGCAGUCAUCGUCGGUGUGUGGUGUUACCGACGGCAGCAGCAGAAGAGCUCGAUGUACGAGAUGAACGGGAAGGGCCAGGGUCACAGCAGACAGGGCCAACAGAUAGAGAUGCAGCAAAAAGUGUAAGAACCAGAGAGACGAGGAAAGAAGGACACUGACGGAGGGCAGAGACAUUUAGGAUGAGUCAGAUGAAUUUGAGAAGAAAGCACAGCCACAGCUACUGCAUAAUUGAAGAUUUUGGAUCAGUAUGAACAAAAGAGUCCUGUUUUAUAUGUUACAUGUGUGGUGCACAAAGUAGAGUAAAGCAGUAAGAAGUGAUGCAGCAGUAUGGUAGAAGCUAGUCUCCUUCCCAACAAUUCUACGGAAGUUUACCUAUCUUUGUCAUACUCAUUCAUUAUUUUCAAAGCCCUGACAUCUCUGUGGACAGUUGAGGGGGCUCUGUCUGGACUGGACUCAGUUCCAGGAACUUAAAAAAAAGAGACUGUAAGGAAACCACAAGAAGACAUGCCUGCCUGAAGUACACGAAAGAGACUUCAACCUCCAAAGCUCUUGGACAUUGUGGUGAAGAUUCUCUGCAUUACUUUGCGGUCAUUUAUGUUGAGUGGUCUUGUUUCUUUCUUUUGAUUUGUACUGUUCUGGAUUUAUAGAUUUCAACCUUUUUUUCUAUUUGUUUUGUUUUAUAUAUAUAAAAAUAUCCCACUUGUUAGAUAGAGUUAGAGGUUCACAACACUGCAGUAAAUUUGGGCAGGUAUUUUCCCAAAUGAAAGAUCUGGCUUCUGUUAGACCAGUGUGAAAGAAAGCAGGAAAAUUAUGAUUUUGAUGAUAAUGAUGGCUAGACCAGAUGAGAGACUGAGUAUGAAGAGAGCUGAAAUGAAAAAGAGGCCGGGGGAUGGUGUGAAUAAGAAGUAUGAUGGGAGAGCCAUUUAAGGACGUUCCAGCCUCUGUUGGUUUUGACAGUCAGCUGGUGAGAAAUAUAAAGCAGGUUUCCAGACUGCAAACCCGGCCCUGUGUUUGUGUGUGCGUGUGUGUGCAGGUGUCUCAGGUUUGUGCAAUCUGCUGCUCAGCGGUACACCGUGUUUGAAGAAGCAGGGAGGAUGCUGACGGCAUUCAGACCAGACAGAGAUCAAACUUUGUGUUGCUGCCAUGGCAACAGAGAGGAACUACCCCAAAUGUUAUAGUUAAAACAUUAGCAGUCGUUUUCUGAAAUUCGACAGUUCCGAGUGUUUUUCCUCGUGAGAUUUGAUGAAAGAUAUUUUUGAAUAUCUUGCGGAGCUGGAGAUGUUACAGAACAUCAGUGCAUUAUGUUCCUGUGCUUGUUUUCUGUCAGAUAAUUGUUUGAUUGAACCUCUGGUUUCAGUUGGAGUUUUCAAUUCAAAUAUAAAUACGAUUUCAGACAAUUUGUAUAUCAACUCAAAUCUGUAAUGUGAGAAAUUUAAUGAAGUCGGUUGAAUGAAUGCCCUGUGGUUGUUUGCCUCUGCCAACCAGUAGAAUUUUAGUCUAAAUAUAUGUUUUUCCAGAAUCAUAUGAGGUCACCUCUGACUGACCACUGAAAUCUAAUCAGUUCAUCUCUGAGUGAGAACUGAUCAAAAUUGAAAGAAAAUCCCUAAAAGCAGAUUUGAGAUAUUAUGUCCAGUUGGCCAAAAACAUGUUUUGUGAGGACACCACGACCUUGGACUUUGACCUUUAACCACCCAAAUCUUAUCAGUUCAUCUGUGAGUCUGACUGAACAUGUGUGCAAAAUUUUAAAGGAUUCUCUUGAGGCGUUAUUAUGAUAACAUGUUCACAAGGCAAAAAAUGGUUUUGUGAGGCCACCUGGAACUUUACUUUUGACCACCAAAUUCUAAUCAGUUCAUCCUUGAGUUGAAGUAAACCUUUGGGUCACGUUAGAAGAAAUUUUCUCAAGGUGAACUUGAGAUAUCAUGUUCACAAGUGGACGACUUGAUGUUUUGUUCUUCAGCUGCUAAAUUGAAUUAGAAUUCAUAAAUAUAUAAACAAAGGCCAAUCAUCACAAGAGGAUUUAAACACUUAGAUAUUGUGAUGUACAACGAUGCCAAAAUGAGCUACAGUAUGUUACAGUAAAUUUAAUUAAGUGUCAACAGUGGCUGGUGGACGAGGUGAUUUAUGGUGUCAUCGGUCAUGAGUGAUAAUUCUAACACAACAUUCAGUGUUUUCUGCUGGUUUAUAAAAAGUUUUUUUUAUAGUUUAUUUUUAAUCUGGUUAUGAAAUAAGGAUUUGGAUGAGUUAAGUGGAUAAGCCUCUUCUUCAUUUCUGUAUUGUGGUAUCUGAAACUAUGUCGACACUAUUCGUGGUCGAGCGCAUGGGGUGGAAUGAAGUGCCUGAAGUGUCUGUAUGUUUGUGUAAAUAUUAACUUGCUGUACAUACUGUAGCAUAUCUGGUGUGGAGGAAAUCUCCUCACAGAGACGAGCAUGGAUCACAUUAGACGUGACCUCUACACAGAGUAGCAGUCAUUUCCACCACUAAUAAUCUCACUGUUUCGUGGACUGCUGUUGAAACACAAGUACUGUACUCGCAGACGUCAGCUGCGGGGCCUUGUCUGAUCUCACACCAGAUUGUGUAAUCACCUGAGUUCAUGUGCACGACACUUAUGAAAACCAGCGGAGGCAAAAACAGGAAAUGUUCAUUUGACGUCUCUGUGUCUCGUUCACAUGACGCUCUAACCUGACGGUUUCUCCUGCCUUUCAAACAGCCUGAUGUGAGUGGUGUCAGGGUGAAGUGCAUACUGUGUAGUCACAAUAAACUCCUUAACAUUUGA